AUGGCAGUCCCUACGCUCAAUACGCCGUUUCAGCCGUAUGUGUACCAGAGCCCACAAGCAGUGCUCACGCCGUUUCAGAUACUGGGAGGGGAGGCGCAGAUAGUGCAGAUCAUUCUGAAGCCGGGGGAGAGAGUGCGCGCAGAACCAGGCGCCAUGUGUUACAUGAGUGGUAACAUGAGUGCAGAGACGGCAAUGGAGGAGGGCAGUGUGUGGCGGUGGCUGUCCGGGGAGAGCUUUUUCACCAACACGUUCUUGAACCAGGGACCAGGGGAGGGGUACAUAGGACUUGCAACACCCACCAUGGCCAAAAUAUUGCCCAGGGACGCAUAUCUCUGUUCGCUCAACGACGUCACUGUCACAGCAGAAAUGACGCGCAGGCCCAGAGUGGGUCUCUUUGCCAUGGACGGUCUGUUCUACCAGAAGCUAAAAGGGAGAGGCCUCGCUUUCAUCUCUGGGGGAGGAUCAAUCGUUCAGAAGAACUUGGCAGCGGGGGAGGUGGUGGUGGUGGAUGCAGGCAGUGUAUUAGCUCUCACUCGCUCCGUUGACUUUGACGUGCGAUACGUCGGCUCCAUCAAAAAGGCUCUAUUCGGGGGCGAGGGCAUCUGUCACGCCCAUCUCACAGGCCCGGGAGUGGUCUUUCUGCAAAGUCUGCCCUUCCAUAGGCUCGCACGGAGGGUGGAGAGUCUGCCCUUCCAUAGGCUCGCACGGAGGGUGGAGAGGGCCAUAGCUAGCCCUCAGUUGCGGGAGGCACCUGCGCUGUGGCUGCGGCUCAUGCUCUCGAUUCUGCUGCUCUCCAUGCUCCUCGUUGCUCUCGCAUUCGCUCAGAGCCAACUUAACAUGCUCGAUUACCGACUCAACCUGCCUUAG